CUUCUCGAUCUAAAGCUUAUUGAGUUUAGAAAUUAAUUAAAAGCUAGCGCAUAUACACAGAGAUGAGGAGGAGGAGCUCUAAUAUUGUUGCAUUCUCAUGCAUGCUCUUCAUCUUGGCCUUGCAAGCCAUCCUCCCUAUCUCCUCUGCUUCCCUUCAAUACGGUUUCUAUGAUUACGACUACAAAUGCAAGAGAACUAAUGUCGAGCUCCUUGUGAGGGGCGUCGUCGCGAAGGCGAUCCGGAAGGACCCCGGCGUCGGCGCGGGCCUCAUCAGGAUGUACUUCCACGACUGCUUCGUUAGGGGCUGCGACGCCUCCGUCCUCCUCGACCCGACCACUGCCAACCCGACGCCCGAGAAGACAUCCGGGGCCAACUUCCCGAGCCUGCGCGGCUUCGAGGUGAUCGACCAGNAUAUAUAUAUAUAUAUAUAUAUAUUAACUGUAGGAUUUCUCAAUUGA